GGGAGCCAGUUAACCAACGGUGGUCGAUCCAGCCAGUUCGACAUUUCAGUUAAGAAGUAAGAGGUUAGAAAGAAAACAAACGAGAGCCAUGACAGAAUACAACCUAUGUGUUAUUGUGAUAGCAGCACUCAUCGUCACCCAGGUGGACAGAACUUUGGCCACUUUGCAGUGCUAUUCGUGCAACUCAACGAUAAGUGAAUCUGGAAGCUGUUUAAUGAGUCCAUCCACUGAAAACACAAUAUCCUGCGAAACUCAGUGCUAUACUCAAUUAAACGCGGGAAAUGUAUCUCGGGGCUGCCUGGAAAGUGGAGCUUCGUGCACCUUACCAUCCUGCUCGUCCUGCACAGCAGAGAAAUGCAACACGAAUGUGGUGUGCCAGGAGUGCCUCGGUUUAGAGGAGUGCGCCACGACCAACGUGACGACUACGGGAUAUAAUGCGCUGUGCCCCGAAAAUGGCCAGGUCUGCGUGAAUCAGUUGAAUGAAAACCAGACGGUGACCCGCCAAUGUGGCGUUGCCUGUGCUGCUGGAACGGAAUCCACGUGCUCCUCAUGCACGGAAUCCCUGUGCAAUGUGGGAUUAUACCCCACAAAUCGUCGGCAAUGCUAUACUUGCUCGGGCGCGGAAUGCAAUGCGGUCACAAGUACCUCGGUCGCAGGAUGCAGUCAAGUCGAUGCCGGGUGCUUCACCACGGGGACGUCUACGAGCAACAUGACCCGCGGUUGCACAUCGGCCACCACAGGCGCGAAGUGUGCGGCUGACAGCAGUGAUCCCAGUUGCCUCGUCUGCAACUCGGACUUUUGCAAUAGUCUGGCGUACAAACGGGAUGCCGGUUCCUGUAUCAUUUGCGAGAAAUGUGCGUCGCAACAGGUUGCAACCGAGGCGAAGCCCUGCGGAGAGGCCCAAUACAACCAGACAGUCGGGUGUUAUACCAUGACUUCGGGAACCAAUGUAAUCCGAGGGUGCUUGAACGCCUUGGAGGCUGGCUGCUCCACAACCAAUUCGUGCACGUCUUGCUCCGAAAAUGCCUGCAAUCUGGCUGCUAGCGAGUUCAAGUGCAUUGAAUGCAUCUCGAAUGAGGUUUCCGGCUGCUGGUCGGCCAGUGAUCCGGCCACUCUGCCUGCGGUCAGCUGCCCCAAUGGAACGUGCUUCAGCGGAUUGUGGAAUGAACUUGGAGUGCGAGGAUGUUUUACCUCUGCUAGUAACCUGAUGCAGUACCAGUGCACUGCCAAAGUGGAGCCUCACCAGUGCAUCACGUGUACGGAGAGCCUCUGUAACAAGGUGGCCUUUAAUGGAGCAGGUCCACUCGGGCAGGUGGGCGUGGUCGGUCUGCUGAUGGGCCUAGUGAUCGCACUACGCAGUGCCCUGUAAUCCUGCUACCUACAUAUAGUUGGCUGAUCUAAUCAAAUUACCAGGUGCCUAGGUCUAUCAGUAGUGUAAACUAUAACAAACAUACUAAAAGACAUAACUUAACUAUAGGAGCUGAAGCAUUUUACAAAUACGUGUAUAAUCCAAAAUAAAUCAUCUUAAUAAAA